UGUUCUAACCCCCUCAGACACUCAUUCCCUCACCUUCUCUCACUCCCUUAAACUCUAAUGUCCUCAUACUCUCAUACCCUCACCCCUUUCACCCUCUCAUACCCUCUUCCUCUUCUCACCCUCUCAUACUCUGUCGUUCGUCCAGCAUGCUGUGCUCUCUCUCUCUCUCUCUCUCUCUCUCCUGCCCUGUCCCUCACUUUGUGUUUCCUUCCCUUGUCUCCUUCACUCUCCACUCCCUCCUAUUAAAGCUUCCCAACUUUCUGGUCGCCUAGUGACACGCCCCUCUACAACCUGGAGCCCUGCGAGCCGCUGCCCUUCGACGUGGCUCGAUUCCGCGGCCUCACCGCCUCGCUGCUGCUGGACCUCACCUACCUCACCAGUAUCCACGAGGAGACCGCCGCCAAGCUCAGCGCACGCCGCCACGAGAAGAAGCACCGGAAUGCGGCGUCCAUGGGCCACGAGCCGACUGAAGAAAAGGCGGACAACGAGGGACACGGCCGCGGUGAACAAAAAGAAAACAACGGAGCCUCACCUGGAGCUAAUACCACGACCUCUGACCUCAGGGUGUCCCACAGCCUGGAUGAGGUCAAAGCUCACGUGGCGCCAAACUCAAAGUCAGAGAGCGAGAUCUCCUCCGUGGUCAGCGGAGGGAACGAGCCUCUUUUCGCCGCAGCUCCUCACACGCCCUGCGAGGCGAACAGGAAGAAAGGCCACGAGCACGGCGGCUCUCGCAGCCACGAACACUCUCCCUCCUCCAUCGCCACACAGUCAGAGAUCCACGCCGUUCAGCUGUCCUACCUGUACCUGGGCGCCAUGAAGACCCUCAGCGCCCUGCUGAGCUGCAGCAAGUACGCCGAGCUGCUGCUCAUCCCAAAGGUACCGCAGAUCCUUCAGACAGACCGUCACGGGUCACGGGUUCGAUUCUGUAGAGAUGAUGUGUAAGAGCUGAGCUCAUGUAAUCCCACACUCUGACCUUUAAUCUGACCACGCCCAGGUAACAGGUUCUCAGACAGUCAGGGGAGGGUUUUAAUCUGGAGAGAUUUGAAAAUAAUAAUAAAAAUAUAAAUAAAAUUAAAUCAUAUAAUCUGGGUGGAUUAUAAUCCCUAACUGUGAUUUUAAAGGUUAAUCUGGGUGGAUUAUAAUCCCUGACUGUGACUUUAGAGGUUAAUCUGGGUGGAUUAUAAUCCCUGACUGUGAUUUUAAAGUUAAUCUGGGUGGAUUAUAAUCCCUGACUGUGAUUUUAGAGGUUAAUCUGGGUGGAUUAUAAUCCCUGACUUUGACUUUAGAGGUUAAUCUGGGUGGAUUGUAAUCCCUGACUUUGACUUUAGAGGUUAAUCAUGCUGGAUUAUAGUCCCUGACACUUGUUGGCGUGUUGAUUCAGACUUCCUCUCUCUCUCCUGCGAAGGUCUUGCCUGAAGCCCCUCCCAGUGGACAUAACGACGAUCUGAACACCAACUCCAGCGGCGGCCCAUCGGCCACCUCGCCAGUGUGUCAGGAGGAGGUGGAGAUGAGGGCGGCGCUGCAGUUCCUGAUGCGUCACAUGGUGAAGCGGGCGGUGAUGCGCUCCCCCAUAAAGCGGGCUCUGGGUCUGGCGGACCUGGAGAGAGCUCAGGCCAUGAUCUACAAACUGGUGGUGAACGGACUGAUGGAGGAACCCAGCGGAGGAAAAACCAAACCAGGUCAGAUCUUUGUGAGGGUCCUCCUGAUGACAGGAGACCUCAUGUCCUUUGGUGGUUUAGAUCUGGUCUGGGGGCUUCCUGCUCCGUCAGGUUCAUGUGGGACACUAACCCUCAGAUAGUUUUAGCUCCAUCCAGACGACUUUGUCCCCAAAACAGAAGAGUUCAUAAAAUCAUCGUUUUUAAACUGUUUUUUUACUUUUUAUCCCUCAAAUCUCUGAAACACCUUCAGCUCUGAUCAUUAAAACAGUAAUCAAUAAUCAAUUUGAUGUUUUUCUCUUUUUAUGUCAGUUUUUGUUCAUCAUGUCAUAUUUAUUGAUAAAGUUCUGAUCAGUCUGUUGGAGCAGAAAAACUCGACAUUUUCUCCUCCUCUUCUCGAACCUCGUCCUCGACCAAAUCAAAUUCAUGUGUUCAUAAUAAAUUAAUGUUCUAUAUAAACAUAUAAAAUCAGCAGAUCUCUGUAAGAUAGAAUCAUUUAUGAGUGUUUAUCCUCCUCUAACUAAAAUCUGACCCUGAUUACUCUGAUAUAAAAAUAACUGCUGAUUUGAGAUGUGAUAUCUUCUCCCCUGAUGAUCUGAAGGACCUGUUCAUCCUCAUGUCCAUCCACCUGCUCUGAACUGAGGACAAAGAAGAAACUGUCCAAAUGUCCCCCUCUCUUUGUCCCACACUGCAGAACUUGGACAUCAGAUUCUCGACUGUAAAAACUCCCAUCAUGCCCGGUUCUAAACAUGGAGGCAGAUUCUCACCCGUGCACACACGCAGGAGCACACAGACUUCUCCUUCCACACAUAUCCCACUCUGAGACAUCCAGAUCUAGAGUCAUGUAAAGUUUCCUUCAUGUCUGAGGAUGUUUAGUGGAUGAAUCUUCAGACUCUCUCAGUCCAUGAAUGAAGACUUGCGUGCUCAGCGGCUCUGAAGGGGUUAAAAUGAUGUGCGGCUCAGUCUGUCGUCUCACUAAGUCAGAUUUAGAGUCCUGCUGAUCGACUGACUGCAGAGAAAAAGGUUUCAUAUGUUGUUAUGGAGCCGUAAACACACGCUCAAAAAAACUGUUUUUAAUGGAAGUCUAUUGGCCGACAAAGGAGGGUGGGCGGAGCUAAAGUGACGGAGAACUAGAGGAGACACCGAGUUUUUAUUUAAUAUGAAGAAAAAUAAGAACUUUAGAACUGAGACUGUCAGCUCAGAGGAAAGAGGAGGAGCCGAGGGUUAGACAGUCUUAGAUCUUUGGUUCUGGUUUGAGACUCUUCUCUGUGGUUUUACCCCCCAGGUGUGAGGACUGAACCUGAGGGGGAGGGAGAGUCCACAGAGGGGGAGCAGUUGGCUCAGACCCCCGUCACCACCAGCCCCUCGGCCUCCAGCACCACCUCCUUCAUGAGCUCCUCCCUGGAGGACACCACCACAGCCACCACCCCCGUCACCGACACGGAGACGGUCCCGGCCUCCGAGUCUCCGGGGGUCAUGCCCCUCAGCCUGCUCAGGUCAGGACCGGUUCUGGUCGGACUCAGAAGGUCUUUGGUCUCGGUGACGUGUUCCUCUAAUGUUCCUCUGUGUCUGCAGACAAAUGUUCUCCAGCUACCCCACCACCACCCUGGUCCCCACCCGGCGGGCUCAGACCCCCCCGGUGUCCUCUCUGCCCACGUCUCCGUCAGACGAGGUGGGGCGCCGGCAGAGUCUGACCUCCCCGGACUCCCAGCCCAACAGACAGCAGACCAGAACCGGGACCUGUAAGUAUGAGGGACUCUCAGAUGUUGUUCUGGAGCUCUUCUUCAUGGUGGUCUUAAAGUUCUGAUGGUUCUGGACCUCUUCAUGGUGGUCUUAAAGUUCUGAUGGUUCUGGACCUCUUCAUGGUGGUCUUAAAGUUCUGAUGGUUGUGGACCUCUUCAUGGUGGUCUUAAAGUUCUGAUGGUUCUGGUUGAUCUCCUCCAGCUCUGUCGGACCCCAGCAGCAGACUGUCCACGUCUCCUCCUCCUCCCGCCAUCGCGGUGCCGCUGUUGGAGAUGGGCUUCUCCUUACGCCAGAUCACCAAAGCUCUGGAGGCCACGGGUCAGUGUGUGUCUGUAGACCUGGAUCCAUGUUUGGACCAGAACUCUGUGGGCCCGGUUUCAGAGGUCGUCUAAGAUCAGGUGUGUUUCUGCGCUCUCAGGUGCUCGAGGUGAAGCCGACGCUCAGAACAUCACGGUGUUGGCGAUGUGGAUGAUUGAACACCCCGGCACUGAAGACGAACACGAGGAACCUCAGACCCGGGGCGGUGGCGGCGGCAGCGGCGGCGGCGGUGUGGGGGGAGAAGGCUCAGACUCUUCCUGUCCCGGAGCCACGGCCUCUGCUGGAGGCAAAUCUCUGGACCGGAGCUCCUACCUGUGCUCACCUGGAGACAUCGCCAGUGCCGACACCUCCGAGAUGGAGGAGGGCUUCAGUGAGAGGUGAGGGUCAAAGGUCAACAGGUCUGCGGCGCUACAGUUAGAACCAUGCAGGAACCGGGUCCUUCAUAGUCCACUCAGAGCCCAAAGAGGACCUGAUAGAAGACAGAAACGGGCUCUAGAACCAGAACUGAGGAGCGACCCGCUCUGAAGACCCGAUCAGCUGUUUACGGUUUCAGCUGACUGAGGUCUGACCCGCUUUAGAUCAGCGCGGGGGGGGGGGGUCCGAUGUGUAGCGGUUUGUGGGCGUCCCUGAAAAACCGUCAAAACAACAGAUCUGUUUAAUUAACGACGUUCUUCCUGAUUAUGAGGAAAACAUGAAAAAGUGGGCGGAGUCUGUGCAGCCUGUCACUGCUGACGGUACGAAUAACAUUAACAGUUUUUUACGGCGUCUUCAUUUUCUCUGAGGGGACAUCUGUUAAUUUUAGGUCUAUGAUUCCUGCAGAAACACUCGUUCACUUGAUGAUUUAACGUUUAUGUUUGUUUUUCUCUUUAAAUGUUUUUAUAGUUUCUGAGUUUAUUUUCUUUAUUUUCUUUAUAAAUUAAUAAAAUCUUGACUUCAUCUCUCGUUCCUUCAGUUUUUAGUUCAGAUGUUUUAAAACUGUCAGUUUAAAGAAAAUCGUGAUAAUAAUCGUGAUCGGACGAUAUCAUCAUCACGAUCUUUUUUUUUAAUUUGGCGAAUCGCGCAGUCGGAGGUUAAAGGGUUAAAGUUCGCUCUGCUUCUGUCUUUGUAGUCCUGAGGGUCUGGAUCAGGACGCGGCCUCGGCCUCCAGCGGCGCUCCGCUCAGAGGACGCUCAGCCGCCGGCAGGAAACACCGCUUCGACCUGGCGGCUCGCACGCUGUUGGCCCGUGCAGGUGAGCCUCCUGCUCCACAGCAGAUGUUCUGAUGUUGACUCCUCCUCCUCCUCCUCCUCCUGACUUUGACUCCUCCUCUCUCCUGAAGCCGGUCUGUACCGCUCGGUCCAGGCCCACCACAGCCAGUCUCGGCGGGACGUCCCGUCCCUCCAGCAGCAGCAGGACUCUGGCGCCCUCUACGACUUCAACCUGGACGAGGAGCUGGAGAUGGACCUGGACGAGGAGACCAUGGAGGCCAUGUUUGGACAGGACCUGGCCUCUGACACCGACAUUCUGGGAAUGUGGAUCCCGGAGGUACUGGACUGGCCAACAUGGGUGUGUGUGACUUUCUGCUCUGGCGCCAUGGCUGCCGUCAUUCUGCUCUCUACCCACAAUGCAUCACUUCAUUGUACACAUGCACGCUGACACACACAGACCCUGUGGCUACCUGAUCUGUCCCUGAAACCCGAUCAGUUCUGAGCAUGUGCGAAACAAACAUCACUUCCUCUACUCGCCAUCUUUGUGACGCUUCGACAUCAGCGAGCUCGCUUCAGUUUAUCAAUACUUCAGUUUAAUCAAUACUUCAUCUUAUCAAUACUUCAUCUUAUCAAUACUUCAGUUUAAUCAAUACUUCAGUUUAUCAAUACUUCAGUUUAUCAAUACUUCAUCUUAUCAAUACUUCAGUUUAUCAAUACUUCAGUCUUAUCAAUACUUCAGUUUAUCAAUACUUCAGUUUAUCAAUACUUCAUCUUAUCAAUACUUCAGUUUAUCAAUACUUCAUCUUAUCAAUACUUCAGUUUAUCAAUACUUCAGUUUAUCAAUACUUCAGUUUAUCAAUACUUCAUCUUAUCAAUACUUCAGUUUAUCAAUACUUCAGUUUAUCAAUACUUCAUCUUAUCAAUACUUCAGUUUAAUCAAUACUUCAUCUUAUCAAUACUUCAGUUUAUCAAUACUUCAGUUUAUCAAUACUUCAUCUUAUCAAUACUUCAGUUUAUCAAUACUUCAUUUUAAUCAAUACUUCAUCUUAUCAAUACUUCAGUUUAUCAAUACUUCAUCCUAUCAAUACUUCAGUUUAUCAAUACUUCAUUUUAAUCAAUACUUCAUCUUAUCAAUACUUCAUCUUAUCAAUACUUCAGUUUAUCAAUACUUCAUCCUAUCAAUACUUCAGUUUAUCAAUACUUCAUCUUAUCAAUGCUUCAUCUUAUCAAUACUUCAGUUUAAUCAAUACUUCAUCUUAUCAAUACUUCAUCUUAUCAAUACUUCAGUUUAAUCAAUACUUCAUCUUAUCAAUACUUCAUCUUAUCAAUACUUCAGUUUAAUCAAUACUUCAUCUUAUCAAUACUUCAGUUUAUCAAUACUUCAUCUUAUCAAUACUUCAGUUUAAUCAAUACUUCAGUUUAUCAAUACUUCAUCUUAUCAAUACUUCAGUUUAUCAAUACUUCAUUUUAAUCAAUACUUCAUCUAAUCAAUACUUCAGUUUAUCAAUACUUCAUCUAAUCAAUACUUCAUCUUAUCAAUAUUUCAACUAAUCAAUACUUCAGUUUAUCAAUACUUCAGUUUUUUGAUGCUUCACUUUCUAACAUCCACUCUUUUCCACCGGGUGGCGGCGCUCUCUGCCCGUCACAUCGCCAUCUUGUUUCUGAAUGGAUCGAUCGUUUAAAUAAAGUUUUAAGUUAAUUUGCACAUGUGCAGUACGGAUCGGGUUCCCGGGACAAAUCCUGACCCCUCUGACCCGCUCAGCUUCACUAACCGCCAUGACCCGAAGAAUGACUUCCUGUCUGUGCUGCUUCCUCCAUAACUCCUUCAUGCAGAGCUCCCAUUGGUCCACGCCCCCCCCCCCCCCCAAUCAGGCUGCAUGAGUGCUGAUUGGCUGAGGCCUAACCCCUCUGUCCCCUGUAUCCGUGUGUGUGUGUGUCCGUGUGUGUGUGUGUGUGUGUGUGUGUGUGUGUAUCCGUGUGUGUGUGUGUGUGUGUGUGUGUGUGUGUGUGUGUGUGUGCGUGUGUGUGCGUGUGUGUGUGUCCCUCGCAGCACGUGUGUGAGACCGAGGACAGAGACGAGGUGGUCGUGUGCGAGCUCUGCGAGGCCAAUGUGGCGAACUUUAACCAGCACAUGAAGAAGAGUCACCCCGGCUGUGGGCGCAGCGCCAACCGGCAGGGUUACCGUAGCAACGGCUCCUACGUGGACGGCUGGUUCGGGGGGGAGUGCGGCAGCGGGAACCCGUACUACCUGCUGUGCGGCGCCUGCAGAGAGAAGUACCUCGCCAUCAAGAGCAAAACCAAAGUCCCCGUGGUGGAGAGGUACGCGGGUCUCAGAACCGGGCUCAGGUCCUGGUGGUCCUGUGAGGGGGGGGUUCUGUUUGUUGAUCAGCUCAUGUAUUCUGGUUCUUUGAAGGUUCUGGACUCUGACCCGGUCCUCGGUACUGUGAACCCGUUCAUGUGUUCUAGUCUGUCACUCAGAUUGGGUCCAAAUCCCCCAGAAAGACCUGAUCCAUCUGGACUUUGAAGAACCUGUCUGACUGUGUUCUGGUCCGGUCUCGGUUCUGAAGUUCUGAACUUGUCUUCUGCUCUCAGGUAUAAGGGUCAGGCUCCGGACCUCCUGGGGAAGCAGGACAGCGUCUAUGAAGGUAAGAACCGGGUCUCAGGUGAGGUUCUCAGGUCUCCUGUGUUUUCUGGACCUGGUUCUGAUCCAGUUGGUCUCCUGCAGAGGACUGGGACAUGCUGGACGUGGACGAGGACGAGAAGCUGACGGGAGAGGAGGAGUUUGAGCUUCUGGCGGGACCGCUGGGUCUGACCGAGCGAAGGAUCGUCCCCGAGGCCGUCCAGUUCCCCGACAGCGACCCGCUGGGAGCCUCCGUCGCCAUGGUAACGGCCACCAACAGUAUGGAGGAGACGCUGCUGCAGAUCGGUGAGGGACACACAGACACACACAGAAACACACACAGAAACACACAGACACACACACACACACACACACACACACACAUACACACACACAAACACACACUGAAACACACACAGAGACACACAGAUACACACACACACAGAUACACACACACACACACACACACACACACACAUAUUCAUGUGUACUACCCCCGUUUUUACAACCUGUGUGUGUGUGUGUCUCUGUGUGUGUGUGUGUGUGUGUGUCUGUGUGUGUGUGUGUCUCUGUGUGUGUGUGUGUCUCCAGGCUGUCAGACCUCCGUGGAUAAGUCCUCCUCCGGCAGGGUGACCCUCGGCGAGCAGGCGGCUGUGUGUCUGUGUGUGUGUGUGUGUGUGUGUGUAUGUCUCUGUGUGUGUGUGUGUGUGUGUGUGUGUGUGUGUGUGUGUGUGUGUGUCUGUGUGUGUCACACACAGAACAGGAGGUCAGAUCUGGUCUUUAUUGUGGACCUGUGGGGGGUCGGACCCUCAGAUCCAGGUGAGGACUCAGACUCAGUGAAGGGGGUUCAAACGGGAGUGAAGCGACGCCGUCGACUAAAACCAGUUCAAGCCGAGCUGCUGCGUUCUGAACCGGUCUGAGGAGGGAGUUACAGACGUCCAGCCCUGAGGAAAUCAAACAUGGAUUAUUAUCCAUGUGGGAUAAUAAAUCCUGCAGGACCAGAACCAGAACCAGGACCUCACAUUUCACCUCCUUUUCUCUCCUCCUUUUGUCCCCUCCCCUCAGUGGUUCCAGCUGCAGUCUUGCUGCUGGUCUGGAGUCUCUGGGUCUGACCGACAUCCGGACUCUGGUCAGGCUGAUGUGUUUGGCAGCGGCGGGUCGGGCUGGUCUCUCCACCAGUCCCACAGCUGGACCCGGACACGCUGAGAGGCCCCGGGGAGCCGCCAAGGCCAGCAAACCCAUUUCCUGUCUGGCCUACCUCAGCACGGCGGUGGGCUGCUUGGCCUCCAACAGUCCCAACGCCGCCAAGCUGCUGGUCCAGCUCUGCACUCAGGUACAUGGACUCACCUGUCAGCUGGGUCGAACCUGAGACUGUCAGCUUCAAAUACAGAGGGAAAGAAACGACAAAAAAACCUGACAAAAAACCAGACAAAAAAACAGACAAAAAAACGACAAAAAACAACAACAAAAAACGGACAUAAAACGGACAUAAAACGACAAAAAAGACAAAGACGACAAAAAACAGACAAAAAAAACAGACAAAAAACAACAACAAAAAAAACAGACAAAAAAGACAAAGACGACAAAAAACAGACAAAAAAAACGACAAAAAAAAUGACAAAAAACCAGACAAAAAACAACAACAAAAAAACAGACAAAAAAGACAAAGACGACAAAAAACAGACAAAAAAAAACGACAAAAUAAAACGACAAAAAAAGAUGAAAAAAACAGACAAAAAAAGACAAAAAAGACAGACGACAAAAAAACAGACAAAAAAAACAAAACAAAAAACAGACAAAAAAAAGACAAAAAACAGACAAAAAAAACAACAAAAAAACUGACAUAAAACGACAAAAAAGACAAAUACGACAAAAAAAAACCGACAAAAAAACAAAAACAGAAAAACCACAAAAAAAACAGACAAAAAAAGACAAAAAAGACAAAAAACAGACAAAAAACAAAACAAAAAACAGACAAAAAAAACAGACAAAAAAGACAAAAAACAGACAAAAAAACAAAACAAAAAAACAGACAAAAAAACGACAAAAAAAGGAAAAAAAUUAAAAAAAGACAAAAAACAGACAGAGGAGGGACAGAGGGUUAUACUCAAGUCUGCCUCUCUCUCUCUCUCUCUCUCUCUCUCUCUUCCCCCCCCCCGUAGAACCUGAUCUCUGCAGCCACUGGCAUGAACCUGACCACGGUGGACGACCCCAUCCAGAGGAAGUUCCUGCCCAGCUUCCUGCGUGGCGUGGCGGAGGAGAACAAGCUGGUCACGUCUCCGAACUUCGUGGUGACCCAGGCUCUGGUGGCCCUGCUGGCCGAUAAAGGGGCCCGCCUCAGACCGGCCUACGACAAGGCUGACAUGGAGAAAAGAGGUUUGUAGUCCGGGAGGACAGGAUGCUGGUCUAACCGGGUCUGAGUUGGUCUGAGUUGGUCUGGGUCUCCUCCUCUCAGCGAAAUAUUUGGUUCUGUGACAGUCCCAGAACCAGAAUCUCAUGUUUGGUUCCAUCCCUCGGUAUCACCUGGUCCUGGUUCUGCUCUCUGUUCCUGUUUUACUGGAUUUUCUGUCCUUUAAAAAAAGGACCGAGGACGAGGCGGUCCACUUCCUCCUCCUUUAUUUCUAUUUUAUUUCACUAAAGUCCAAAUUUUUCAGCCGUGACCUUUUAACGCCAAAAACAGUGUUAUUGAAUUCAGACCGGUCCAAUCGGCUUCAUUUAUAACAUUGAAGUUUAACAAAGUGCUGCUCAGACCAGGUUCAGUCCUGUAUCCCAGGUGGAGGCGGUCUCACCCCUGAAUCUCCACCUUCAUCCUGAUCGUCUCCUAAAAGGUCGUAUCCUCCGAUCGUAGCUGAUCGUAACCAUUCAAGUUAACGUGUCAAUUUACACCGACUUCUUUUCAAAAUAAAACACUCCGUGUUUCAGGAGGAUCGUAUUUCACACCAUGCAAACGGGCGGAGACGAACAAGUGAAAGGUUUUUAGACGUCAUUUCACCCCGAUGACACCAUGGAUGAGGAGAUGCUGAUUCUAAAGUCUAGAAGUAGAUUUCCUCCUCCGGAAGGACACAAUCUACUGCUUAUAUGUCUAUGUGUCUGUCUUUAUAGAGACAACUCGAUAUCGAGCGAUUGAACGUGAAUCCGCGGGUUCUUGUGAGUUCUCGCGAUUACCGUUGUCUGUAAUCCGCCAUGAAAUUCUCCUGACAAACAGACCCGGUAGGAAUUGGCGGACGGCGAAAAUUGCCGCCGUUCAGGAUGCGGUGGAAAUUGGGGGUCAGUGUCCCAGCUCCUGGUCAUGUCCUGAUGUUCUCGUGUGAACCAUGGCGUUCUCUCUCUCUCUCUCUUUCUGUUCGCCUCGUUUCUCUGUGUUGGUCUUUUUUACCCAUGAUCCUUCUCUCUCACUCACGGGGAAACCUUCUCACCUUGUUUUUCGAGCAGGUCUAAUUGCGCCUUUGUAUGCCCAUCCUUCCCAUAAUCCCUCCGCUGUAGGACCUCUGGAGCUGGCCAACGCUCUGGCGGCCUGCUGCCUGUCCUCCAGGCUCUCCUCGCAGCACCGCCAGUGGGCCGCCCAGCAGCUGGUCCGCACGCUGGCCGCCCACGACCGCGACAACAACCAGAGCCGGCCGCAGACCUUUGCUGACAUGGCGGGGGACCUGAGGAAGGUCUCCUUCAUCAAGCUGGAAGCCCACCAGAGCAGAGUGAGUGACAGCUGAGGACCUCCGAGGAGCUGCAGUCUACCUCCAGAUAGAUCAAUAGAUAGAUCAAUAGAUAGAUCGAUCAGUUUUUAUUUUUUCUGUAUAUUAAAUUAAACACCAUCACGCUGUGAUAUGGAAACCAAACAACGACACUUCGUUGCAGAGAAAAAUCACUGCUGUGUUUUAUUCUGUGCAUUGACAAAUAAAGAAAGUCUAAGUCUAAGGUAGUCUGGGUUUUGGCGCCCCCUGUGGACAAAGUCUUUACUCCUGUUUGUUAAAAUUCUGAAUCUGGAUCAGGUUGAUAUGAUCCAGUCUUUGUGGAAACAGCAGAACCAAAGUUAGCGGGGUUAGCUGACGGUGCGACCCGAGUCUAAAGAACUGAUUUUGAGUCUGAAGGAAGGAUGUCUCUCUCCUGUCGUUACAGGUCAUCACCUGUGGGUGGUGCUCUAAGAAAGGCCUGCUAGCCACCAGCGGGAAUGACGGGACGGUCCGAGUCUGGAAUGUAACGAAGAACCAGUACAGCCUUCAGCAGACCUGCAUCUUCAACAAAGAGUAAGACCAGUCUAACUCCGAGUUUAAGUUUGUAACCUGAGUUUAAGUUUGAUAACUGAGUUUAAGUUUGAUAAGUCUGAGUUUAAGUUUGAUAACUGAGUUUAAGUUUGAUAACUGAGUUUAAGUUUGAUAAUGAGUUUAAGUUUGAUAACUCUGAGUUUAAGUUUGAUAACUGAGUUUAAGUUUGAUAACUCUGAGUUUAAGUUUGAUAACUGAGUUUAAGUUUGAUAACUGAGUUUAAGUUUGAUAACUGAGUUUAAGUUUGAUAACUCUGAGUUUAAGUUUGAUAACUGAGUUUAAGUUUGAUAACUGAGUUUAAGUUUGAUAACUGAGUUUAAGUUUGAUAACUGAGUUUAAGUUUGAUAACUCUGAGUUUAAGUUUGAUAACUGAGUUUAAGUUUGAUAACUGAGUUUAAGUUUGAUAUAACUCUGAGUUUAAGUUUGAUAACUCUGAGUUUAAGUUUGAUACCUGAGUUUAAGUUUGUGAUAACUCUGAGUUUAAGUUUGAUAAUGGAGUUUAAGUUUGAUAAUGGAGUUUAAGUUUGAUAACUCUGAGUUUAAGUUUGAUAACUCUGAGUUUAAGUUUGAUAACUCUGAGUUUAAGUUUGAUAACUCUGAGUUUAAGUUUGAUAACUGAGUUUAAGAUUGUUAACUGAGUUUAAGUUUGAUAACUCUGAGUUUAAGUUUGAUACCUGAGUUUAAGUUUGAUAUAACUCUGAGUUUAAGUUUGAUACCUGAGUUUAAGUCUGAUAUAACUCUGAGUUUAAGUUUGAUAUAACUCUGAGUUUAAGUUUAAUAUAACUCUGAGUUUAAGUUUGAUAUAACUCUGAGUUUAAGUUUGAUAUAACUCUGAGUUUAAGUUUGAUACCUGAGUUUAAGUUUGAUAACUCUGAGUUUAAGUUUGAUAACUGAGUUUAAGUUUGAUAACUGAGUCUAAGUUUGAUAUAACUCUGAGUUUAAGUUUGAUAACUCUGAGUUUAAGUUUGAUACCUGAGUUUAAGUUUGAUAACUCUGAGUUUAAGUUUGAUAACUGAGUUUAAGUUUGAUAACUGAGUCUAAGUUUGAUAUAACUCUGAGUUUAAGUUUGAUAACUCUGAGUUUAAGUUUGAUUACUCUGAGUUUAAGUUUGAUAACUCUGAGUUUAAGUUUGAUAACUCUGAGUUUAAGUUUGAUAACUGAGUUUAAGUUUGAUAUAACUCUGAGUCUAAGUUUGAUAUAACUCUGAGUCUAAGUUUGAUAUAACUCUGAGUUUAAGUUUGAUAUAACUCUGAGUUUAAGUUUGAUAUAACUCUGAGUUUAAGUUUGAUACCUGAGUCUAAGUUUGAUAUAACUCUGAGUUUAAGUUUGAUACCUGAGUUUAAGUUUGAUAACUCUGAGUUUAAGUUUGAUAACUCUGAGUUUAAGUUUGAUAACUCUGAGUUUAAGUUUGAUACCUGAGUUUAAGUUUGAUAUAACUCUGAGUUUAAGUUUGAUAACUGAGUUUAAGUUUGAUACCUGAGUUUAAGUUUGAUAUAACUCUGAGUUUAAGUUUGAUAUAACUCUGAGUUUAAGUUUGAUACCUGAGUCUAAGUUUGAUAUAACUCUGAGUUUAAGUUUGAUACCUGAGUUUAAGUUUGAUAACUCUGAGUUUAAGUUUGAUAACUCUGAGUUUAAGUUUGAUACCUGAGUUUAAGUUUGAUAUAACUCUGAGUUUAAGUUUGAUAACUGAGUUUAAGUUUGAUACCUGAGUUUAAGUUUGAUAUAACUCUGAGUUUAAGUUUGAUAUAACUCUGAGUUUAAGUUUGAUAACUCUGAGUUUAAGUUUGAUAACUCUGAGUUUAAGUUUGUGAUAACUCUGAGUUUCUGUUCUGUCCUCAGUGACGGGUCUUCAGAGGAGGGGAUGUCCGGUCUUGGAUCUCCCAGCGACCCCUGCCUCUCCCCUCUGGCGUGGAGCGUCACGGGGAAAUACCUCGCCUCUGCCAUGGAGAAGAUGGUCAACAUCUGGCAGGUUAACGGUGCGUGUCUGUGGGAGCUCCUCCUCCUCUUCUCUGAUUUGUUUGGUUCUCCAGAGUUCUGAUGAUGAUGAUGAGGAGGAGGAGGAGGAACUUUAGUGGGUCACCUGGAGCCCCUAAAGGGUGUCCUGUGGGUUUUAGGACCAGGACUUUAGAGCUGCAUAAAAACGCCAAAAAUGAGGCGUUUUUCUGUUAAGGUCCAUUAGUCAGACUGACCGGUCAGGUCCGGUUCCGCUGACCUCCCACUCUGACCUUGUUUCCUUCCUUUUAGGGGGUAAGGGUCUCCUGGACGUGCAGCCUCACUGGGUGUCGGCGCUGGCUUGGCCCAAAGAGGAGGUGGAGUCUUUGUGGUGCGGGGAACCCAAAGACAUGCUGCUGGUGGGUCGGAUGGACGGGUCUCUGGGCCUCAUCGAGGUGCUGGACUCCUCUAGUAUGCACCGGACCGAGCUGGAGCACUGCUACAGGAAAGACGGUAAAAAUGGGGGGUGGUCUGUGCGCUCUAAAGACCCUGUCAGACUGGGACCCCUGUUAGCAAAGACCAGGUGGGAGUCCCUGUUUGUCUGAGGGAGGGGGGUUGUUCCGGAUCAUGAGACUUUCUCUGAGUCCUUCAGAAGUUCAGGUUUUCUGAUUUGGUGAAACGUUUCUCAGGAUUUUGCCAAAACCUUUGAGAUCUCACAGGAGUGUCUGAAGAUCCCGCAGAAUCUGGUUCCCAAGAAUUUAGUAAAAGGUUUCCAGGACCACCUCUGUCCCCUCUAAAGUCGAGCUUGUCCUCCUCCUCCCUCAGUGGCAGUGAUGCACAUCGCCUGGUACAGCGAAGACAAGCCGUUCGCCGUGGGCUACGCCGACGGGAAGCUGCUGAUCGGAUCCAAAGAGCCUCUGGAAAAAGGCGCCAUCGUGGUCAUCGAUGCACACAAGGUAACCUCUGACAAAAGUCCUCCAUCAGACCCAGGCGAUCUUCUCAGAGCUGACCCUCCUGAUGGUCUUUGUCUUCCAGGAGUCCAUCACCAGUAUGAAGUGGAGUCCUUCAGGUCAGAUCCUGAUGACCUGUGCCAAAGAGGAGACAGUCAAGCUGUGGUCCAGUCCUGACCUGUCCCCCGGUUCAGACUCAGAUUCAGGCUGGCGCUGUGUCCAGAGUCUCAGACACCCGUCUCUGGUUAACAGUGUGGCGUGGUGCAGCCUGCCUGGACGAGCACCAAAGCCCCUCAGCAUGUUAGCUGUGUAGGUCACUCUUCUGACUAUGGUCUG